GGUUUACCCACGCAGCGUCGAGUCUCUCCGCUGUCCAACUUCAUCAUCAUGUUCUUGAGUCUACGUUGACCACCUCUCAUCCAGGGUCAAGGUGCAGGGCGGCGCUGACUGCUGACCAAACGAUCUCUGUCGAAGGCCGAUUGGUGGUAGACAGUCACAGAGCACGCAGGCUGUUUCAGGGCGCCGCAGUAGACAGAUUGCUCUCAUUUGCACGGUUUCUGUGCCCAUUGCAGCCUCAGAGGUGUGGAACCCUGGAUUGAAGUGCCUGUGUAAGGAUUGUGCGCUGAUCGCGAAGAGGAUCAAUUAGGGCCCAAGGCCCAGAGCACAGAGGACGCCGAUCGAGGCUGUGCAAGAAGACGGGGCACCAUGUCUAUGUUAAACAUCAGCAAGUUGGUCGACCAGACAGUGCGUCAAGUGAAGAGGGAAGUCAACAAGAAGAUUCUCAAAUUGCCUGAAAUUGAGCAGAAGGUUUUGGAGGCCACAAGCAAUGAGCCAUGGGGUCCUCAUGGUACACUCAUGUCGGACAUUGCCUCGGCGACGAGAAACUUCAAUGACUACCAACUCAUCAUGAGCAUCCUGUGGAAGCGGUUGAACGACACAGGCAAAGACUGGCGGCACGUUUACAAGUCCCUCACCGUGUUGGAGUUUCUAGUGGCGCAGGGGACGGAGAGAGUUAUUGACGAGCUUCGGGAGCAUCAGUAUCAAAUUCAGACUCUUGUUGACUUCCAGUUUGUUGAGCCGAAUGGAAAAGAUCAGGGCAUCAAUGUGCGCAAGAAGGCCCAGACAGUCAUUGCCCUGGUCAAUGACAAGGAGAAGAUCAGGGAGGUGCGUGACAAGGCCCAGAAGAACCGGGACAAGUAUCGUGGGGUCUCCUCGACCGGGGCGAUCCACACCCCAGGCUCAUACGAUGGUGGGAGCGGGGGUAAGUACGGAGGUCAUGGGAGUGACGACAAAUAUGGCGGUUAUGGAAAUGAUGACAAGUAUGGAGGGGGCAGCAAGUAUGGCGGUUAUGGCAGCGAUGACAAGUACAGCAGCCGGUCAGGAGGCGACAAGUACGGCGCGAGGGAAGAUAAGUACGGCGACGACAAGUACGACAGGGAAGAGAAAGACAAGUACUCUGGUUACGAAGGAGGGAGCAAGGGCGACUAUGAUGACGACUUUGAUGUCAGGGGCUCGUCGAGCAAAUCGGGCGGCCAGCACCAGGACGCCAGAUCGGAGCGCAAGGAGGCGCGCGGCCGGAUGGCAGCCCCGCCAAGCUACGAGGAGACGUACUACGGAAAUGACAACGACGACCACAAAAAGGACUCGUCAUCAUUGGCGGCCGCCGUCAGCAGGGCUGCCAAUCGCAGCGGCCGUGCCACGCCCCCCACUUCCGUAGGGAAGCCUGGGAGCGGCUCAGCGGGAGCUCAGUUCAACCAGCAAGAGGCGGGAGGGUUCGAUGAGUUCGACCCGAGGGGCGCAGAGUUCAAGGCAGCUCCACCCGCAGCUGCCCAGAUGGACUUUUUCGGUGCCUCCACUGCUGCACCAGCCAGCAAGUCCGCCGGUGUGGAGGACCUGUUCGGAGACGUGUCGUUCCAGUCGGCUCCAGUGGCGGCCCCUGCGCCCGCCGCCCCUGCUGCUGCACCGGCUCAGGACUUUUUCGGAGGUGGCUUCAACGCGCCCGCCACUCAAGCAACGAACGACUUCUUCGGAGCCCCUGCCCCGGCUGCCCCCGCUCACGACGCAUUCGGAGACUUCGCAUCGGUCCCGGCCCCGAAGCAAGCGGCCCCCACAGGUUUCGAUGCUUUUGGUGCGCCGUCGAGCAACGGCUUCGGGAUUCAGGCGCCGCCGAGCAACGGGUUCGGGGUCCAGGCGCCGCAGAAGCCGGCUCCCGCGGCAGGAGGGUUUGAUGCUUUCGGCGAUGACGGCUUUGGAUCUUUCGGGUCGGCGCCGGCCCCUGCACCCGUCAGCAAGCCGGCCCCCGCUACGCAAACCAACCAGGCGCCUGCUCCGCUCUCCUCCCAGAACAAGCCCAGCACUUCGCAGCCGAGCUCUAAGCUCUGGGCAGAUACCCUCAGCACGGGCAUCGUGGACCUCAACCUGAAGCCAAGCGCCCAGAGCAACCUGGCGCACCUGGGCAUCGUCGGCCAGCUGGACGGAUCCUCGUUUAUGCCGGAACCCAAGAAGGCCGAGACGAGCACCCCCACCGGGAUGGGCCGGGCCAUGGGCGGCGGCAGCGGCCUCGGGCUGCAGGGUGCCGCCGGCAUCGCGCCACCUGCCGCUCCGUUUGGCGGGUUUGGAGGCAUGGGUGGUCCCCAGCCAGGUUUUGCGCCUGCGCCCGGAGUAGGGUUUGGCGGCCCUCAACCAGGGUUUGGUGGCCCGGGAGGGUUUGGAGCCCCGCAGGCAGGGUUUGGGGCACCCCAAGCAGGGUUUGGUGCCGCUCCCCAACCUGGUUUCGGCGCCCCAGGAGGCUUCGGCGCUAACCCCCAGAUGGGCGGCUACAACAACCAGUUUGGUCAAUUCCGAUGAGCGGCGCAUAUUUUCUCGAUUCCCUAAGCAGAUCAUGGUAGAUGACUACAGAUCGCUUUUCUUGUUGUUGUUGAGCUAGAUUGAGGAGGACGGUAAAACACGUAGACGAGUGACCUCACGGUGACACAAUCCAACUGCAAAAUCGUAGAAACUACUCGCAGCUUCUCGUCGCAAACUUGUAAGCCAGAGGCAUUACCUACUUUAUUGAGGCCGGGCCCGCCGCUUGCAACUUUCGAUACCCGUUUCAACGGCCAUUGAUUGCUGCUCUUACAAUCGACGUACAUAAGCAUACUGAGU